AUGGCCAACGACGAGUAUGAUUGUGAACCUACAGUCGUCUUGAUCGGAGACUCUGGAGUCGGAAAGUCCAACCUUCUCAGUCGAUUCACCCGCAACGAGUUCAACCUCGACUCUAAGUCGACCAUCGGUGUCGAGUUCGCCACUAGAUCAAUUCAGGUCGACUCCAAGACGAUCAAGGCCCAGAUUUGGGAUACCGCUGGACAAGAGCGAUACCGCGCCAUUACUUCCGCUUACUAUCGAGGUGCCGUUGGCGCUCUCCUCGUCUACGAUAUUAGCAAGCACCAGACCUACGAGAACGUCACACGAUGGCUCAAGGAGCUGCGAGAUCAUGCUGAUGCCAACAUUGUCAUCAUGCUGGUCGGAAACAAGAGCGAUUUGCGACACCUGAGAGCCGUUCCCACCGAGGAGGCCAAGUCCUUUGCCAGCGAGAACCACCUGUCCUUUAUCGAGACGUCCGCCCUCGAUGCUAGCAACGUCGAACUUGCAUUCCAGAACAUUUUGACUGAAAUUUAUCGCAUUGUUUCUAGCAAGGCCCUCGACAGCGGCGAUAGCGCCCAGGCCACCAUAGGUGCGGGCACCAACAUUUCGCUCAGCAAGCCCGCCGAUGACGAUGCUUCCAAGGGUGGAAAGUGCUGUUAA